GCAUUGCAUGAAGAGGUGGAUUCUUUUGCUUCCGUGGAAAACCAUGCGGCAGUCGUGGCUCGGCCUAUUCUAUACAGGAUAACACUUUGCGUCCGCCGUGCCCAGAUACAAUCGGUGCAUAAAUUUCAACAGACGAACUUAGACGAAGUUAUAUUUUCCGGUAUUCGAGAUAUAUUAUCACCCCUUAAACUAUGCAAUUAACGGGGAGAAGAAAAGCACUCAAUCUGAUUACUCAUCUACAACAUCCGGUCACGCUUUCGGUCCGCGCUCAGUUCUGUUAGCGCAUACCCGCUCUUCGAUUAUUUGGGAAGUGGCUGUGACCAAAACAAACAACGAUGCAUUUGUUAGUGAAAAAAUCUUUCACCUCAGGAAUAUUACGACAUGCCAGGCCUUACUAAUGCAUACCGCGACUGUAUUACUGAUUUUUCGCAUGUGAAGGGAAUAGUUCUUAUCCCACUCGCCCCCCUGCAAAGUUCCAGGAAGGAGGGGUAUAGCUAAUUGUAGUAGGUCCCAAUAGCAGGUUAGGCUUCCGAUUUAGCAAAUACUACGUUCAGUUCUUGAUCACAGCCUCGAAAUGCCGUGUUUCCGUCUCCUUGGCAUAGAUGGGCCAGCGACUCAUACACGCCGCAAGAUAUUGCUAGCAGCCAGACCAAGUGCAAUGACGGUUGAGGAGAAGCUUUGACCUUUAAAGUCCCAGACAGCAUGUGACCAUACCUCUCGCACGGACAACAGGCUCGUCGUCGGCCUAAUGCUAUGUCGACAACCGGCAGAGGUCGUCAUUCCUCACCUAUAGCAGUGAUCUUGUACUCAUCAAAACCAUGUACAAUGCUUUAUCAGACGUCCGUGCGCAUCAUCUUGGCGACGUGCUAGGGGCUACAACCAGCGAGUGCGUCGCCUUCGCUCCCUCUCUUGCUUCGGAGAGUUGUAUUCGCAAUCGCGUGACUGCAGUUGUGCCCACUAUUGCUGCUCUGGGUCAGUGGCACUUCCUCGCGCGCGGCGAAGGGACCGUGGCGUGGUGCAGGGUGAGAGAGGCCGUCGUCACUUUUCCUGUCCGGAGACAGGAACGAGAAAUUCGCGAGAGAGUGGAGAGAGCGCAUAUUACGAAGAUUUAGUAAUUGAAUGCGGCGGUAUACCUAUAUCGCUCCGAACAGCUCCACGCAGCAGGAAACAGUCACCCAGGAAACGCCCUGUGCAUACCUGAGAAGGGCUAAAAUCAUCAGGUAUACGGGAAGGUAUCAAAGGGAUCCGCGGCGGAAGCGCGGAAACAACCCGCGUCUGGGAGAGCAUGGAAGAGAUCGCGGUCGCGGAAGAAAAGAAAAGACCAGAACUGUCGCCAGAUGAGAACGGAUAUAGAAGUGGCGCGCUGGCGUCCUCGUAUACUCAUCGGCGAGAGUUUCAAAGGGAGCCUCGUACGUGACGAACUUAAAAGGCGAAGCUAUUGGCUCCAUAUAGAGCGUGGGCUGGUCUCAUCUCAGGCCUUCUUCUCCUCGCUUUGCGGCUGUACCUCGGCACCGAAUGGGAAGCCGCAAGUGUCUGGUGACGUAUUCGACGCGUCCGUAUAAAAGAUGCGCACGGGUCGGUGGCAUGGACACCAUUCUCAUAAGACCAGCGGAGAACCUACCGGGACAGCAGCCAUGUACACACUUCUCGCACUCCUCUCGGCCCUUGCGGCGUGCGCCUACUCUGGCGACGUGGGUGGCCUCGGCUACGGUCCCGGACUUGGAGCCGCUGGUCUCGGUGGCGUCGGCUUUGGUGGUCCCGGUCUAGGCUAUGGUGGACUAGGUCUUGGAGGCGUUGGACUAGGAGGUGUUGGACUAGGAGGUGUUGGACUAGGAGGCGUUGGCCUUGGGGGCGUCGGCCUUGGCGGCGUCGGCCUUGGCGGCGGCCUUGGCGGCGGCCUUGGCGGCGUCGGCUUUGGCGGCUUCGGUCCAGGACUAGCCGUUGGUGCUGCGCCCGUGGUGGCCGCGCCAGUUGCCGCACCAGUGGCAGUGGCAGCCCCCGUGGCAGCGCCCGUGGCUGUGGCAGCGCCCGUUGCCGUCGCGAAGCCAGUGGCAACCGUGUCGUACGUGAAGCAGCCCGUGGUGCGCGUCAACUACGUGACCAAGCCAGUGGUCAGCUACGUUAGGCAACCGGUGGCCUCCGUGUCACACACCAUCAGGCCCGUGGUUACAUACAGCGCAGGUGGCCUCGGCGCGGCUGCUGCUUUGGGCGGUCUCGGCGCUGGUGGUCUUGGAGGCCUGGGCCUUGUCAAUGGAGUUGGCCUUGCGGGCUUAGGAGGCGGCCUCGGAUACGGUCUCGGAGCCGGUGUCGGAGGAGGGCUCGUAGGUGUUGAUGGUCUCGCAGGCGGGCUUGGAGGGCUUGGCGCAGGAGUUGGAGGGCUCGGCGGAGGCCUUGGCGCUGGGCUAGGCAGCUAUGGCUACGGGCCUGUCGGCGUCAAGAAGGGAUACGGUCGUCGCCGCCGUCGCUAGAUACAUAAUGGGCUCUCAGUUUACCUAGACGUCGUGUGCAUCAGAGCCUUGCGGCGCGAACCGCUCAUGUCAAUUUAUUGCACUUGCUGGAUUUGUGUAAAUGUCAUCCUCAUUUUGAACAUGGCAUGGCUAGUCGC